UAAUGUUAAUAUUAUAGAUAAUAGAAAUGUCAGCUCAGCCAAUAUAUAAAACAAAAAUUCACCACCAAUUUAUUAUAUAUCAAUUUUAAUUAUUUUCAUGAUAAACUGGGUGCAACAUUUGAUGCCUGUUAGGUGACGUAAUUUCAUCUGAAAUAAUAGAAUGCGAUAACUGGAAUUUUCUGUUUCUUUUUCGUGUGACAAUUUGAUUAGAAAUGGAGGGAAACUUUCUCUUAAGACUCUUUACUCUUUCUCAAGGUCUGUUUCUAGCAACCAGUUCCAUUAAUCAUCACGAUGCUGACCAUAAUUCAACUUUCCAAGAUCCAUGUGUAUCAUUCUCAAUCAUUGACGAUAACUGGCGGUAUGUCAAUAAUACGAUAGCAGAUGAGCAUUGUGAUAUGGAUAUCACCGAAGGAUGGUAUAGGAUGGACAUCAAUGGACGACCUGCUACCAUACCUACUGUAUGCAUAAAGGGACCAGCAUGUGGUGUCCGAGUACCGCUUCAUAUCGAGUUCGUCUAUGAUGCACCACUUCCUGGACAAAUUGAAGAUGCCUCUAUUUGUGGGUCACACCAUAUCGAAGGGAAAUGGGACUGCUGUGUUCUCAGACGAAUGGCAAAAGUAAAGAACUGCGAAGGAUUUUAUGUUUACAAAUUGACAUCACUAGACCGUUGUAACGCUGGGUAUUGUGUUAUAGGAGAUACAAAUGAUGUAGGACGUUUUACAGUCAAGACUGGAGAAACCGUUCACCCAUCAGAUUAUGGCAUGCAUGGUUUUAGCUACUCUCCACCUACCAAUCCAGAUUACGACUUACGUGACAAUCAUGACAAUCAUCCAAUCCGGACACGUGAUAUUACAUCUGUAUUGGAAGAUCAACCUAUCACUUGUAACGAAGGAUAUCUUCCCUGUCUAGAUAACAAAGAGUGCUACCAUAAUGCCACUAGAUGUAAUAAUGAGUUCGACUGUGUUGAUCGGUCAGAUGAAGAUAACUGUCAACCGGUAAUCUAUUGCCCAGAAGGUUCAUACAAGUGUGGCAAUGGUAGAUGUGCAGUAAAAUCAGACGACUGUCGACAGGCAUCCUCUAGUGGAGUAUCAACCAACAUUUACAGUCCAUCAAUAGCUUACAGUAUCAAUCCUCAAAAAACAGAAGCAAUUGAUUCUACAACAAUUGCCGAUCUUGAAACAAUGUUUAGUGUUCAUCCAACAACAGUUCGAAAGCAUUUCGAACUCCAGUCUUCUCACACAGCUUAUCUAACAAAUACCGAGAUGACAACAAAUCAUGCAAAUACUAGUAUAAGGACGCUAAGUGACACACAUAGAACCCUAAAUUAUAGCGUUAGGGCUAUCGAAGGAAUUUUUCGUUCCACAACAAGACUUACGCCGAUAACUUUCACCUUUCCAAUUAGGGGAAAUGACCGUCGAGGAUUACAUACAACAGCUAGAACUACUGUUCAGCAUCCAUCUAAUCCUAACCAACUAUCCUCGUCAAAAAUACCAUUAUAUUCAUCAUCUAGAAGUGAAGUUCAAUCUUUUACAGGCUUAAAAACUCAGACUAUAUUAUCAUCAUCAUUGUCACAAAAAGUGUUGUCUUCCAUUAGGGCGAAUUCAGACAACAUUUAUUCUACUUCAUCAUUUACAUUUCCGCCAACAAAUAUUGCAGUUUUGUCUUUAGACCAGCCAUUGUUUUCAUCAACAAAAAGUGUGCUAUCGAGUGAAUCUUUCAUGGAAAUUAAAAGAAAUUCCCUUUUAGAUUUAUCAACCUCAUCAAUUUUAUUUGGAUCUCCAUUAUCUUCGUCAGCCAAUUCACAUUUUAAAUUAAAUCUAUUUGAUAGUUCUAGUUCGCAUGAUGCUGUAUCUUUAAAGACUGAAAAUGAGGCACUUACUUUACUGAAUGCAGCAUUGCAUAAAACUGUAACCUCAACCACCUCUGUUCACACUUCAAUACAAACAGAAAGCCUUAGAAACAUACAAAGACCUCAUGUGAAUAACUUGAUAUCUGUCGAUAGUUCGCUAUUUUCGGAAUCAGCAGAGCGGAAGGAUGUUUCUGACUCAAUAACACCAACCAUCCUUGCACGUAAAGACCAUUCUCGAUUAUCAAAUGGAGACAAUAUUCAUUAUCAAACAGAAGCCAGUAUAAACCAGUUGUCUAGUGCCUCAUACGCAUCAUCUGUUGUGAAUCAUUUGACGUACGAAGAGAAUAUAGUGUUUUCUCGAGAAAAUAACAUUCACACAGAUGGGCAUUUUCCAUCGUCUUCUAUUUCUUCAGAAAACACUUUGUUGCUUGCCAAACUGCAGUCAUUGUUUUCUUCUCGUAUUUCACAUUUUUCUUCAUCAUUAAUUAAACCUAGUUUAUUUGUACAACAAAGUAGUAGUUCAACUUUAACAGAAAGUUCAACAGUCUCCGUUUGGAAUAAUACAACUACAGCUAAACCGAAUACCCCGCGUACAAAAAGUUUAUUUUUAGAACAUCUUGGGCUAUUUAUUAUAGUCCCAUGUACAGUAUUAAUCCUAUGCAUUAGUUUUUGUUACAUCUGUAUCUGCAUAAAACGGAAAGUACAGACAAGAAGUUGGACAUGUCGACAAGAGGAGUAUUAUACGAAAUGUGAGAAAGAUUUACUCAUGACGUCACACCCACGUAAGAGUUUGUUUUUGGAAAACCCUGUUCCUGAUGAAGAGAUGCUUGAUGAUGAAAAUCAAAUGACAGAAAAAGAUUCCUUGCGUUUAUCUUUAGAAAUAAUUGAUAUAUGUUCAGCAUCAACUGCUUCUUUACAUGACAGUAGUGAUGGAUAUGUUAUCCCAAUCAGUGAACUUGAACCUACCGAACAUCCACAUUCAUCAGAGGAUACCAAAUUUUGAAAAUUGUGAGAAUGAUAAACAAGCUAGGAAUGUGAAGGUGAAAAUAACAUAGUUCAGUAGACUGUUAUAGAUCUCUGACACAUAUUUAAUCAUAAUUAAAAGAAGUCUCAGGAGUUAUUCCGUCAAAACUUUUAUAUAAUGGAAUAUAGUGUUUGUCUCGCUAGACUUUUUUGUACGUUACGUAAUCUUUUUUUUAGUGUUUAUAUAUAUUAUUAUAAGUGAUUUUGUGUUUUUCAUGUUUGUUUGGAUGUUAUACAUUUAAAAAAUUGAAAAAAGGAGGUUUUUGUUUUAGUGAUAAGCCACUUUUGAAAAAAUGGAAUGAUGUUUUAAUAUUUUGUUUACGAAAUGAGCAAUACAAGACAUUGCAUAAGAAUAACAUAAUUGUAGAUUUGUGAUCAAUUUAUUUUAAUCAUUUUUGAAUAAUGAAUUGUCAUCCCUAUGUAAAGUAUGG